AUGGAUCUUCCCAGCACCGUGCGAGUCAGCGCCCAAACGCGGGAGCUGAUCGAAAAGCGGGAAGCCUUGCAGUCAGAGGGACCGCCCCAGACCGUCCAGGAGACUUCUUCGGUGGAGGCCAUGAUGCUGCAGAUGGCCAGCCACCCAUUGGGCGCACGUUGCGAGGUCUCGCCCGGCGGACGCCGAGGGCAGGUGUGCUUCGUCGGACGCCCGGGAGGGCUGCAGAUCCUGGUGGCGGUGGAGUUGGAUAUGUCACAAGGAGAUGAUGUUCAGUUGGGUUCCAGAUGGCUGGAUGGAAUUCGCUACUUUGAGCCCUCUCGGGAAGAUGCUCCGGUGGUUUGGGCACAGCCGAAGGAUGUGGUUUGUGGCGACUUCCCUGAGACGCAAAGCUGCAUUUCAGAUGGUAGUCAGCAGGGAUUUGGUGAAUCCAUGAAUCCUUUCAUGCCGAAGAUGUUGACUUUCAUGCCACAUGCCUUUCAUGGUUUCGGCAUGUGCCGGCUUCACUUUACAACGAUUGUUCGGUUGGACCGCGUAGGCUGGACCCCUUCGCAGAUCUCUCGGACACAGAACAGCAGUGACGGCCGCUCGUGA